AUGCAGGGAAUCGAAAAUAAUUUUCUCCCAAAAAGUUUAAUCUAUGAAGAUAUCAAUAAGACACCUAUUAAAUAAGAAAAUUGGUGUUUUUCAAUAGCAAUUAACAACGAAAAUUCUUUAAUACUAGUUGGUUGCGGUAAUUGGAUAAAAGUUUAUUAGGUGAAAUAAGAAAAAGUAAGACUUAUUCAUUACUAUUUAACUCCAAAUAGAGUUAUUAUUGUUAUCUUUUUCAAAUUUAAUUUCUUAUUCGCAUCUAGUUCUGAAGAUAACUCCAUCAUUAUAUGGUCACCAUAUUUUAAUCAAAAAUCAAAAUUUCUAAUGAAACUAAGAGGGCAUUCUAAAAAUAUUUAAUGUUUGGUUCUACAUCCAAUUGAUGAUUAGAUGUUAAUUACUGGUUCAUAUGAUUCAAAAAUAAAAUUCUGGUCAUGUUAUAAUAAAUCCAAUAUAUUAAGUGGAAAUUGUUUAUAAACAAUAACUGAGCAUAGCAGUCAUGUUUAUGGAUUAUCAAUAAAUUAAAAUGGAAAUAAAUUGAUUUCCUGUGGUCUAGAUAAUUUAAUUUUGGUGAUGGAACGCAUAAAUUAAGAUUCUCAUUGGUCAGUUAAAUAAAAAAUAAAAGUAAUACGAUAUGGAUUUCGAAUUGCUUUUGUCAGUGAUUUAGUAUUAGUCUUUCUUCCUCAAUCUUCAUCACAUUUGAAAAUAUAUACAUUAAAUCCUAUUGAUAAUGAAUAUAGUAACUCUGAAGAUGUAGUAAUUGAUGGUGGGAAUUCAUUCUGUAAUCAUUACUUCCCGAUAUAAUAUUGUUAAUAAAAAAAGUUAAUGUUAAUAAAAAAUGGAAAUUGUUUGAAUUUUGUGAGAGUAAUUUUGCCUUUUAAAGAUAAUAAUAAUACUUAAAAAGUAGAGAUAAUUUCAAUUAGCAGAUAUAUUUUUAAAAUGAGAAAAGCCUAGAUUUUCGUUAUUAUUAAAUUUAUGGUACAUUAAGUAAUGAUGGAAAUUAUCUAAUAUUUUGGCUAAAAUCAACGCAUGAAAUUUAAAUAUUAAAGCAUAUUAAGAAUUUUGAGUGAUAUUUUACUUAUUAAAAAAAAAUAGUUUAUGUUUAUAAUAUUAAAAUAAUUUUAAUAAAUAAAUUUUGAAUUUUCCAAUUAUCAUAGAUUCUCAAAUGNUCUCCCAAAAAGUUUAAUCUAUGAAGAUAUCAAUAAGACACCUAUUAAAUAAGAAAAUUGGUGUUUUUCAAUAGCAAUUAACAACGAAAAUUCUUUAAUACUAGUUGGUUGCGGUAAUUGGAUAAAAGUUUAUUAGGUGAAAUAAGAAAAAGUAAGACUUAUUCAUUACUAUUUAACUCCAAAUAGAGUUAUUAUUGUUAUCUUUUUCAAAUUUAAUUUCUUAUUCGCAUCUAGUUCUGAAGAUAACUCCAUCAUUAUAUGGUCACCAUAUUUUAAUCAAAAAUCAAAAUUUCUAAUGAAACUAAGAGGGCAUUCUAAAAAUAUUUAAUGUUUGGUUCUACAUCCAAUUGAUGAUUAGAUGUUAAUUACUGGUUCAUAUGAUUCAAAAAUAAAAUUCUGGUCAUGUUAUAAUAAAUCCAAUAUAUUAAGUGGAAAUUGUUUAUAAACAAUAACUGAGCAUAGCAGUCAUGUUUAUGGAUUAUCAAUAAAUUAAAAUGGAAAUAAAUUGAUUUCCUGUGGUCUAGAUAAUUUAAUUUUGGUGAUGGAACGCAUAAAUUAAGAUUCUCAUUGGUCAGUUAAAUAAAAAAUAAAAGUAAUACGAUAUGGAUUUCGAAUUGCUUUUGUCAGUGAUUUAGUAUUAGUCUUUCUUCCUCAAUCUUCAUCACAUUUGAAAAUAUAUACAUUAAAUCCUAUUGAUAAUGAAUAUAGUAACUCUGAAGAUGUAGUAAUUGAUGGUGGGAAUUCAUUCUGUAAUCAUUACUUCCCGAUAUAAUAUUGUUAAUAAAAAAAGUUAAUGUUAAUAAAAAAUGGAAAUUGUUUGAAUUUUGUGAGAGUAAUUUUGCCUUUUAAAGAUAAUAAUAAUACUUAAAAAGUAGAGAUAAUUUCAAUUAGCAGAUAUAUUUUUAAAAUGAGAAAAGCCUAGAUUUUCGUUAUUAUUAAAUUUAUGGUACAUUAAGUAAUGAUGGAAAUUAUCUAAUAUUUUGGCUAAAAUCAACGAAUGAAAUUUAAAUAUUAAAGCAUAUUAAGAAUUUUGAGUGAUAUUUUAAUUAUUAAAAAAAUAGUUUAUGUUUAUAAUAUUAAAAUAAUUUUAAUAAAUAAAUUUUGA